GCCUCUGUCUUUGGGAAAGAGAGGAGAGAGGAGGAAGAGCGGAGCGGAGAGGGGACGCCGGACCGGGCUGCAGGAGGGGAGCUGAAAUUCGCUCUUGCUUUAGCAGGGAGAAGUGGAGCGCAUGGAUUUUUAAGCACGCUGGGAUUUUAUACAUCUACAAAAAUAACAACAACAACAGAACCUGACCCUACUGAAAGCAGUCAAAUGAAUCGUAAUUGCAGAUCAAUGCAGAGAAAUGGGGAAACUUCACUCGAAACAUGCUGCCGUUUGUAAACCCAGAGAAAGUCCGGAAGGUGAUAGUUUUGCGGUGAACGCCUCUCUGGCUCGCAAAGGGCUGGAGGACUGGAUGGUGAAGCAGAAAUACUCCGGGGGCAGCGGCAGCAGCAGCGGAGGCAGCAGCUCGGGACUCCAAGGCUGCCAGCACCGGACUGUUUGCAGGCUCUCCAGCGGCAGGGAUUUAUCUGGGGAAGGCUACAGAGACACUAUUGGUGAUGAGCACUUUCAUCUAGAAGUGGCUUUGCCUCCAGAGAAGACAGAUGGAGUUUGCAGUGGAGAUGAAAAGAGAGCAGAAAAAGAAAAUGACACACGCACAGGUUCCAAGAAGCAACUAAAAUUUGAAGAAUUGCAAUGUGAUGUGUCUGUAGAGGAAGAUAACAGGCAAGAAUGGACCUUCACACUGUAUGACUUUGAUAACAACGGAAGAGUCACACGCGAGGAUAUUACCAGCUUGCUUCAUACCAUCUAUGAGGUAGUUGAUGCAUCAGUAAACCAUUCUCCUAGUUCCAGUAAAACCCUGCGAGUGAAACUUACUGUGGCACCAGAUGGCAGCCAGAAGAAAAAAAGUAUCUUGUUAAAUCAUACUGAUUUGCAGAGUGCCAGGCAUAGAGCCGAAAGCAAAGCCAAUGAAGAAUUAAGAAGCUCUGAAAAGAAGCAGCGGGCUUCUCUCAGAUAUCACCAGAGUGAGAACAAUCCAGAGCAAAGUGGGUGCUAUCGUCAUUGUGUUGAUGAGAACAUUGAAAGGAGAAACCACUAUUUGGAUCUUGCAGGAAUAGAAAACUACACAUCAAAGUUUGGGCCAGGAUCUCCUCCAGCAGCUCAAAAACAUGACCCACCAAGCAGAGUUGUGAGUCAGACUAGAUCCCGUUCUCAUGAACCUGAAACCUUCCAUGCUCACCAUAGGAAAUCUCAAGUGGUGGAUCCGAGCCACAUCAAUCUAGCUGAGAGUUCAUAUGCCAAGAUUGCAGAAAUUCAACAGAGGCUCCGGAACCAGGAAUCAAACAAGCACUUUGUGAGGUCUCCCAAGGCCCAGGGCAAAAAUGUUGCUCCUGUGCAUCCUGGAAGGGCAGUAAGAAACAAACCUUUUCAAGGGGGGCCCAUGCCAAUGGCUUCCCCAAGUGCACGGGUGGGACAGAAUCUUCCUUACCUCCCCUUGCAGUCUCAACAGGUUCACAAGAAGCAUAAGCAGAGGGCAAAGGAGAAUCACCAGAUGUGCAAAACCUUCCAGUCUCCAGGGACAGUUGUGGAAAAGGAACAUGUGAGAGACCUGCCCACAGUCAUUUUGUAUGAAGGCCAAGUCGGACAAAUGAUACAGAGGCAUGAACACCACCACCACCAUGAGCAUCACCACCACUACCAUCAUUUCUACCAGACAUAAAACAGAUCCCACCAACAUCCUCCGGGAAUCAUCCCAUAUGAAGGAAGCACAUUCUUGUGACACCAGAACUAAGGCAUUACUAUGAUUAAUAUUAUUGUUACUCCAUUAAUAUUCAGCUAGCAUUUCUUUUAGAGGUUAUACGGAACUCUUGAAACUUACCCUAUUUAUAUGUUGUGGAACUGCAUAGCUUACUUAAAACAACUUGUGGAUUUUUUUUUUUAAGUGGCUUGUAAAACAGCAAACAGCCAUAGAUUUUGAGCUGUGAUUUAAUGCAGGUCGUCAACGCACUUCUUUACAAGUACUACUUCCAUUGUAGAAGGAAAGAUACUUCAAACACUAUUGCAGACAUCUAGCUUACCAGUCUGCUGUAUGCCGGCUGAUCGCACACAAGCCUUUUAUCAGGGGAGCAAUGUUCGAAGGUUUGGACUCCAGAGAUGCUCAGAAUAACAGAAAAUACAAACAGCUGCUACCUCUAGUAUUAUUCAGAUUUUAUUUUCUUUUUAUUGAUUGUAAUGUGCUACAGGGGAAAAUUUAAUAUACUGCAUUCAUGUAGCCUGUUUGUGUUCACAUCCUUUCAAAUUAUCUUAAUUGCAAAGAAACAUUAGCUAUACUUGUCAACAGAGCUACAUUUGUAUGACUUACACUUUAUUUUCUUUGAGACUCUUCACUGACACAAGUACAGCUUGUUAUAUACUAGGUUAUAUUUAAAUACACUUCCUUUAUUUUAGUGGUUUCUUUUUUCUUUUUUUUUUUUUUUUCUCUUGUUUACUCUCCAUUCUGUUUGGGGUAACUAUUUGAAAAGAGGAGGAUGUGAAAUGGUGUUUUCAAAACCAUCAGUAGACUUAGUGCUUGGGCCAUAAGUAUAAUUCAUGGGGGGUUGGGAAGGAGAGGGGUUGUUUGGGGGGUUUGUUUUGUUUAAAUCCACAGUUCUUUUUUUUGAGAAAGAAUUGAGGAAAAUAUACUUUCUCACUUUAAAUGUUGGCAAAUAUAUAUAAAAUAUAAAUAUAAAUAUAUAUAUAUAAAUAUGCACACUCUCAGGUACAUUUUGUUGUGUUUUAGAAAUCUGUGGUUUGAAUAUUAACAUAAUUUUUUUUCCCAUAAUAGUGACAUUUUGAAACACAUGCCAUGGCAUUUUCUUAGUUGCCUCUGAUUUAAAUUUCCCCAGCGCCUACCAGUUUGUGCUUCUGCCAUUUCAGAGAAAAUUCAGCAUGUGAAAAAAUAACGUUCACAGUCAUUCUGGCCUCUUCUACUUUUUUCGUAUCAAAGGGCUUCCAUUCCAUGAAGGAGAUUGAGACCAUACUUACAAGACCUUACUGGCUGCUGAGAAAUUUGAAGGUCAAAAGCAAAUUGGAAAAGUGAAAAAAGGGUCAGUACAUUCAAGUUUUACUUUCUAUGGGGCCCAGAUCUAUAAUCCAUUCAGUUGGGUUUUGUACAGAUCACUACUUUGCAGGUAGAAAGUGACUGAAAAAUGCCUACGUUGCUUUUGGAACUUUGAAGUAGAGAACUCAUCAUAAAAAUAUAACUGUUCUAUCAAACAUAUUUGCGUUUCGUUCUAAUUAUUUUAAAUGUUGUGGUAUUUUGCCUAUAGUAUAUAUUGUAAAAUGUAACUAUCCCACAUUGUUUUAAGACCUUUAUAAUUAUUAUUUUUUCUGACUAGAGUUUUCAUCAGUCUAAAAUGGAGUAUUACCUUACUGCUGACCAAUUAUGAAGGGAUGUUGCCCUUUCUAAGAACAUGGAGACAUCAACUUUUAAAGAAAAAGUUGAAAGCCUUGCUUUCUUGUGAAAUUGGAAUAGAAUCACUGCUUCUUGGUAAUUAGGUCCAUCUUUUGUCUCUCUGAAUCAGCAGUUGUUUAGGCUUAUUGUCCUCUUUAAAAAAUCUGGUUUAUUUUAUUUUUUUUUAAGCUGUCAACAGUGUGUUCUGUUAAAUCUAACAAAAUGUUUUUAAAAUGUGUUUGAUCUGCGUGACAACUAUACUGUUCUGUUUAUUUUUUAAAUUCCUAAAGUCCAAAAAUAUUUAUAUGCAGAACUCUCUGUAUUGAAAAUAUGAAAAGGCCACAAAUUUGGUUAGUUACCACUGAGUUGUUCUAGUCUAAGCCUUUUUUGCUGCUUGUGUAUCAUUCUUUUUCAAUGUAUAUAUAAUUAUGGACUGCAAAAAAAAAAAGGCAUUUAUAUGUCUAGUAGAAGGAAUAAGCUUAUUUAUAUUAUAGUGUUAACGAAGUCUGAUGUAUUCAAGUGACUUACGUUAUACCGCAUGCAAACACACAAGUGUACAUUCCAUCUAAGAAGGGAUGCCAUGCUAUUUGUUUUGAAAACAUAAUUAAAGCUGUUCUCUUUUCAGUAGAGCAUAUGCCAGAAAGACUGGGAGGUGGGAAUUGUUUCCUAGUCCAUUUUUCUAAUGCAGAACACUGCUGAAAACAAGAAAAUGUUCUGGAAAACUAGAGUGCUUUCAGAGCUGUGGUGUUUUCUACAAAAUGGCUGCAAAGGGGCAUAAAUGCUCUCUCACCCAAAGAUAUUUUUGCUAGAAAAGAUGACAGCACUAAUAACAAAAUCCCAUCUGAUUGAAAAGUGUGCAGUACUAGCCGUGCAAGUGAGCUUUGAAAUGCAACACAACUGACCAUUGGAUAUAACCUUAAGUUGAUUUGUUUGGUCUUAUUAUAUUUGGAGAUUCAAAAGGCAAAUUCAAACUUGUUUAGAUCCUGUGAAAUACAAACAAAUUUUAAUAACGUGGCAUCCCUGUACUAAAACUUUACACCAGCCGUGUAUGAACAUACAGUAUCUAAAUACUGUGUUGCAGUUGUGUUAUGUGCAUUAAGUGUGAAUAACAUAUAGCACAGUUUCUUUUCACAGAACCCUAAGUUUCCGUAUCUUUUAAAAAUGUUUGCUUUUCAGUAUUUUGUAUAGUAAAUAUAGAUGGUUUUGACUAAAUGCUUUAUUUAUUUAACAGCAAAAACUGUGCCAAGAGAACCCCCUGUUAAUUAAAGUUUUACUAGUUCAGAAAGUAUAUUUCCUUCUUCUUCUUGUGGAUUUCAGGGGCUUAUUGCAAUUGCUGUCAGUGCUUGUAGAUCUCACUGAUGAAAGAACUUGUAUUAACGUUUUUGGGAAUAGGAUCAGGCCAUAAGUUAUGGACUGGGUAUGCUUUGGCUUUGUAAUUAAACUGUCAAGUUUAAAAGUUAAA